GGCAUUCUUACCUAUCAAACCAGCGGCACAGAACAGCAUUCUGCUCAACACUGUAUGUUAGGACCAGCACCUGGUCAUAACACAGCAUUCAAUUAAGCUAUACUUUUCUUUUCUUUUUUCUGUUCUGUUUUUGCUUGGUAGGAUUAUGACUGGAAACAGAUUCAACAUGAUGAAAAGGAGUCAAAUUCUGUGUCUGAUUUUUAUCUCAGGAUUCAGCUUCUUCACAGUGGGAACUCCAGACUUUCACCUUAUUGAACUUUCAAAGACCUAUGGAGAAGCAAAGAGCUAUUGCAGAGACAUGUACACUGAUUUGGCAACAGUUCACAACUUUGCAGAUAUGAAUAAUUUGGUCACUUUAGUUUCAAAUGCCGUUGCCAGAGCCUGGAUAGGACUGGAGAACGGAAAUGUGUGGAUGUGGCACUGGUCCUUGCCUGAUUAUGAACUGGAUUUUUUAAACUGGAAGGCAGGAGAGCCGCAAAACAAUUUUCAAAAUCAGUGUGCAGCAAUGGAUCAACACGGCAAGUGGUUUGAAAGUGACUGUCGAAUUACAAGAAGUUUUGUUUGUCAUGGUGUCGGUGAAUCUAAGGGUCUUGUAUUUGUUGCAAACACCCAAUCGUGGAGGGACGCUCAGAAUCACUGCAGGAGCUUAUCGUCUGAUCUGGUUGGCAUACACUCAGCGAAAGAGAAUGAGGCUGUACUUAAUGUGUCUGUGUCACAAAAUGUGUGGAUCGGCCUCUUCAAAGAUCCCUGGAAGUGGUCAGAUGGGAGCAACUCAUCAUUUCGUAACUGGAAACCUAUACAGCCUGACUACAAUGUCGAUAGGGAUUGUGUGGCUGCUAUAUUUAAAGAUGCAGGGCAGUGGAAUGACCUGAAAUGCAGUACCAGACGCAACUUUGUUUGUCAUGGGGCAAGCAAGUUGAUUCCGACAACCACCAAGCCGGCAAGUACCAAGGAGACCUUAACAACAAAUCAACUGCCAACCAACAUGACGGCUCCUCCAAAUACUUCAUCUCAAGGGGUCACAGCAACAUUUACUUUCACUACUUCUACCAAACAGCCAAACACUACUAAUGUUACCACCGAAGGAGAAACAACUGCCACUGGACUGACAACACCAAAUACUACAGAUGUUGUAUACAGCACCUUGAGCACUGAGGUCAACAGUACAACUGGUGUGCAAGUGACCACAUAUGAUGUUUCUGCAUCAACAGCCCAGAACACAACACAGCUUUCAACAAUAACGUCCACGGAAAACAGUCAGUUUUUACCUCCAGGAAAUCUGAUUCUGAUCCAGCAAAACCGGACAUGGAUUGAAGCUAUGAGUUACUGUAGGGAGCACCAUCAUGACCUUGUCCAUAUUACCACAAACAACAUUCAAGAGCAGGUGGCUGAAAGGGCAAAGAACGCCACUUCAGCGCACGUGUGGCUCGGCCUACGCUACACCUGCAAAUUUAACUUCUGGUUCUGGACCAAGUCAAAUUCUGGCUGUUACCAGAACUGGGCUCCCGGACAAGGAUCUGAGAGGACAUAUGACUGUGGUGUGACAGGUGCCAUUGAGGCCACUGGGAGGCAGCAGUGGGUUGGCAUGCCUAAUACAGAGAAACUGAAUUUUAUCUGCACUGCAUGUGUUGGCUGAGUGUGGAGGGAAAGUGAUACUUCAGAUGCCAAAGACGCUGCCGUUUUAAUCCUUCUGUGUGCAGGAAUAACCCCGUUGUGCUGGUUAUCUCUAUAUUGUUUCAGUUGUUGAUUUGACAUUCAGACCCAUGUUUUGACAAUUGCAGCAGUAAGCCAGCAGACUUUGACGGGCUUCAACGUAGAUAUCAUGGUUAUCUUAAUGCUCACUUAUGAUGUCAGACUUCUACCUUUGUUGAAAUACAGCUGCCUUCUCUAUUGUUGAGCUUGAAUUUCAUUAAAUAUGAAAAACUCAUGUGGUGUGUGGGCGUGCACAUUCACAGUCAUGGGCAGCAAGAGUAAUGUGAGAACACUGAUCUGCUCUAUGCCUUUCACUCGGGGUUAGUAUUUGCAUGUUGACCCCCUGGGUUGGGCCCCAAGAUUGUCUUUUUUAGACCACCAGAGUAUCGCCCUCGAUUCAGAAUGCCUGCUGCCCUCACUGACCUGACCUUCGCUGGCAGCUACAUGGAAGACAGAGCUCACAGACGCUCACCUUCCUCACCGCACUUGAAGCACAUGGAGCAUCUAUAACCAUGGGAACAAGCAAUGCUGCAUUGUUAGGAAUGGAAACUACGUGUAAUCAAUCGAUCUCAAACUGAACAAUAUAAUAUACUGUGAAUAAACUGUUUUCACUCUU